CUUGGUCCCUACGAAGCUAGUACCUGUGUGGUACAGAACGAAAGCACUUUCACGGUUACAAAGUAGCCUUGCAACAAACAUCGGAAUAGCACUAUAAUAUAUUCACCAUAAAUACCGUAUCAAAUGCAGUGGAGGAACAUACUGUAUCCAACAGUUUGAUCAAAUACAAUUAAAACGCUUAAAACUGAAAAUACGGACCUUCACAGCUAAUCUACACCAAUCAUGCCUGCCUUGUGUGCAACUCCUGACAGCAGCUUGCCCUGCUCCGUGGCGACCGAUGAUACCAGUUCCAAGAGACUUUCUUGGGGGAAAAUCAUGCAGAAACUAACAGACUUCAGUAACCACAGCCUACACGCAGACGACGAGCACUUCAGCAGUGUCUUGAAUCGUUCCGGAUCAGACAGUGUGGACGGUGUCUCUCUGUCAGAAUCUGAUUUCUUGUAUGACCCUGUGGAGGAGACCCUUUGCUCUGAAGUGGUGGAUCUGAUUGAACAGAGUCUCACAGAGGCGAAGGAUAGCGCUUUGAGGUGCUCCAAACUGCUCAUCCCCGACCAGCUGAUGGAGCACAUUGGUCAAGAACUUCUUCACUUAGCAGCUAGUGAACCUUGUGGACUGCGCGGAGCACUUAUCAACCUAUGUGUUGAGCAGUCUGAAACAUGUCAAAGUGUGGAGCAGAUUGCUGUGGAUCCAGACUUGGUCCCUACUUUUCAGCUGACCCUUGUGUUGAGAUUGGAAUCUGGGGGUCUCUGGCCAAUGAUCCAGGACCUCUUUGCUCCAAGAUCUCAUUCCGCACCAAUAUUAAGACAUGCUUUGAGGCUUAACACUGGGUUUAGAGUAGUCAAAAAGAAAUUGUACAGUUCAGAAGAAUUUGUCAUAGAGGAGUGCUAACACCCAAAGUGACCAUGGGAGUUGUCAGUCGAUCACGAUGUGACUAAUCAGACAUUAAUGCCUUGAAAGUUAUUUUAAAUGCUCAUUGCACAUACUAAGACAUAUGAAUACGGAUACACAGUGUUUGUGUCCGUACUUAUAAGUAGACACUACCUCAAUAAGUCAGAAUAAUUGUAAAAGUAUUUCAGCAAGCCUAGUUCAAGACUAUGAAAAUUGAUUUGUAGCAGCCCAACAUGUUUAUUCUCACUGAAUGGAUUUUUAGAUACUGAAAUGGCUAUCCAUGAUCGUAUGUUUAAAUUUGAGCAGCUGAUCUGUUUAAAAGAAGCAGAUUAAAUAUGUUUCUUUGAAGAUUUACCUCAAUCUCUAAACAAAUGGCAGCUAUAUUUGUAAUGAAGGGGUUUAAAGUAUGUUACCAUUGAAGACCUCACCAAACAUGAAUAUGUUAACUCAUGUUUUAUUUCCAUAACAGAAAAGGCUAACAAAACACAAUAAUCAUGGCUAGCAUAUUUGUGUGGGAGGUUUCAGUUAUUUUUAGUAUUAAUUGUGUUAGGAAUUGCAAUUAACUUUUCUUGUAACCCUUUGAAUAGUUGUAUAUGGUACCCCAGUGAUGCCGCUGUUACUCAAUGUAUUUGAUAUUCAAACACCUACUUUGCACAUUGUUUUUGUUUUUUUUUUUUUUUUUUUUUUUUUUUACUUUUAUAUAGGUGGUUAAUAAGCAAAUAAACCUUUUUUUCUAAAACAUUGUUUCUGUGUUUUUUUGAAGUCCCAUAUCAGAUUUAAAUUACAGCAGAGAUGCCACAGAAUGAAACUUGAACACAUUCUAAUAGAUACAAGUGUAUUCUUAUUUUAUCUGCCCUGUAUAUGACUGAGGACCCAGUCUUUAACAAAGCAAGUUAACUAUGAUUAACAAACCAUGUUAACUAACAUGUUCUUGUUUUGGGGUUAAUUGUACUCAUACAUUCUCUCAUAGACAACAUUUUCUUCUUAAUCUGUCCUUUUGUAUAAAAUUACUUAAUGUGUUAGGUUACAUGGUGUGAGCCCAAACAAAAUGCCCCCCCCCCCCC